UACAACAGAUCUAAACAUGACUGAUAGUAGAAAGCUCUUCCAGCCGCUGCAGGUCGGUAGCCUCGAACUCAAACACAGGCUCGUGCUUGCACCUCUCACCCGCAUGCGUGCAACACCGGGCCAUAUGCCCUGGGAGAAAGCAGCCUUGUACUACGCUCAACGCGGGUCAGUACCAGGCACACUACUCAUCAGUGAAGCAACAUUCAUCAGUGAGGCUGCUGGUGGCUAUCCACAUGCUCCAGGAAUCUUCAACGCCGAGCAAGUUCAGAAAUGGCGCAAAAUUACAGAUGCCGUGCAUGCGAAGGGGUCGUACAUCUAUUGUCAGCUAUGGGCGCUUGGACGGGCGGCGACGCCCAAGGUUCUCAAGUCUCUGGGACAUGAUCUUGUCUCUGCUUCGGCUGUGCCUAUGGACGCUAAGGCUGCGACGCCAAGAGCAUUGACGACACAAGAAGUGGAAGCUUACGUUCAGCAAUACGCAACAGCUGCGAAGCUUGCCAUCGAGGCUGGUUUCGACGGAGUGGAGUUACAUGGAGCUAACGGGUAUCUGAUUGACCAGCACACGCAGUCUGUAAGCAACAAGAGGACGGACAAGUAUGGUGGAUCCAUCGAGAACCGUUCUCGGUUUGCCCUUGAAGCCAUCAAUGCUGUUGCAAAGGCUAUUGGUGCAGAUAGGACGGCCAUUCGCCUGUCGCCUUGGUCAGGCUUCCAGGGUAUGCGCAUGGGCGAGGGUACGAUCCCACAGUUUACGCAUCUAAUUCAGAAUUUGCCAAAAGACUUGGCAUACCUGCACAUGACAGAGUCGCGCGUACAAGGUAUCUUUGACAAGGCAGAUGACGACGCAGAGAAGCUCAACUUUGCACUUGAUCUUUGGAAGGGACCGGUUGUGAUUGCUGGAGGAUUCAGGCCAGAGUCUGCGAUCCAGGUUGCUGAGCAAGAUGACCGUACCAUGAUUGCCUUUGGAAGGCUUUGGAUCCGAAACCCCUUGCUUGUCGCUCAGAUCAAGCUCGGCCUGCCGUUGGACAAAUACGACAGGAGUACGUUCUACACGAAAGGCGAACAGGGCUACACUGACUAUCCUGUUGACGAUGCACUGCUCGCGAGGCUUUGAUUGAGAUCAUAGAUUAUAUGGUGUAGAAUUUGGCAUGUGUCGAUAGAUUACCCUCAAAGCAGCGCGGGAAUAGGCUUGUCGCCCAAGUCAGAGACAUGUUGCAGCAGGCUGUGAGGCUCAAGUUCGCGCUCCAUCCUUGGGAGGGGCCGGUUGUGAUUGCGAGUGGGGUGACCCACUGACCGUACGAUGAUUGCUUUGGAAGGAGCUGGACCCGGGACCGCUCCUAUGUCACUCAGAUCAGACGUUCUAUUCUAUCGUUGCACAAGUAUGAC